AUGAGCCCAACGAUCACCCACGCGAAGGAAGAGAAGGUCAAGUCCCUUGUUUUCGUCGGAGUAAACUUCAACAUCUACAAGGUCUGCAUUCAAGCCAAUCUUCGCAGCAAGGGCCUGUGGAAAGUUGUGAGCGGCGAAGACACCCGCGACGACGCCGACGAUGAGGACGACUACGACUCGAAGGAAGACAAGGCCUUCGACAUCCUCGUCAACUCGCUUGACGACGACAACCUGGCCUAUGUGUCUCACGUCUCGACAUCCAAGGGAAGUGUGUACAGCCCUGGAUCGUCGAUGCAGAAGCAUGUUACGGAUCUGCGUGGCCUGCAACACAAGCUGCUGCUGAUGGGAUCACGCGUGGACGACGAAAUGCUGGGACGUAUCCUGCUGACAAGCGUGAAGGAAGUAUUCCCCACGACGGUAGAAAUACUGCGCAGCCGUGAACCGUCUCCGACUCUCUCCCAAAUUACGAACCGGCUGUUAUCCAAGGAAGAUGAAGUGAAGAAUGGUGCACCCAUGAAGCGAAAGGCGGAGACAGAACAGCUACUCUACACAGGCAAGCCUGACAAGCCUCGCCCUUUCAAGAAGCAAGCGGUGAAGGACAAGUGUCAUUACUGCCACAAGAUUGGCGAUCAUGCGUUUGAAUGUGCCGCGGCGCGGGGCACCCUCAUGACGUACCGCCUACCAUGGUUCCGAUAG